UACUGAUAAUUUUCACUAUAACUUGAAUAUAAUGAAUAAAAUGAACAGAUUAGAAAUUCUUUAUUAAGAUGUGCAAUAAAGAUGAUGUCAUGAUUUGAGGGCAGUAAGGGAGAGAUGCAGCAAAGCAGUGUGGUCAUGACUGGAAAUUUGAUUAAAGUAAGGUAAUCUUCUUGAAAAGAAUUAAUGCAUCAGUUGAGCUUUAGUCAGCCACAUCAUCCUGUAAACUGCUGUCAAGAUAAGCUAGUACAUAAAUUCUCUUUGCAGAGAUAUGUUACUUCAGAAGAGUCCAACUAGCAGAAACAUGGCAUUUAGCGGUACUUGGAAAAUAGACAGAAAUGAAAACUAUGAAAAGUUCAUGGAGGCAAUGGGUGUUAACAUGAUGAAAAGAAAGUUAGGAGCUCAUGAUAAUUUGAAGAUCACUUUUCAACAAGAUGGAAAAAAAUUUACUCUCAAAGAAUCAAGCAACUUCCGUACCAUAGACACUGAAUUCACACUGGGAGUCGAUUUUGAGUACAGUUUGGCUGAUGGGACUGAACUUACUGGCUCUUGGAACAUGGAAGGAAACAAACUUGUAGGAUCAUUUACUAGAAAAGAUAAUGGAAAAGUACUCAAAGCAAACAGAGAAGUCAUAGGUGAUGAACUUGUUCAGACUUACAUAUAUGAAGGAGUUGAAGCCAAAAGAAUCUUCAAAAGAGCCUAAGAAUUUCACCCAGACCAGCACCAGAAAAAAACCCCAAAACAAAAAAACAAACCAAAACAAUGAAAAAAGACCAUUUUUCUAUAUAUCCUCUAUUUUGUUUUUUGUUUUUUUUUAACUUUUAUCCCCUCACAGCACCUCUUAAGCUGAAAUUACUUAGCCCUGUUGAUAACACAGGCUAGUUCCUUAUGUUUAUUGUUUUGCCUUGAAUAAACAAAAUCCAAUUAUAAUUUGA